AUGUGUGCUACAAAAUAUAAUUCUCAACCACAACAACGUAAAAUAGCGUUAAUUAUUGGUAUUAGUGAUUAUGAAAAUAAACCAUAUUUAAAAAAUAGUAUUAAUGAUGCUAAUAGUAUGAAUCAAGCAUUACAAAGUAUUGGAUUUAAAACAAUGUUAGGAUGUAAUUUAAAAUAUGGUGAAAUGGAAAAAAUAAUUCAAAAAUUUUUAUCCAUUAUUGAAUUUUCUGAUGUUGUUUUAUUUUAUUUUUCUGGUCAUGGAUUUCAUUAUAAAAAUGUAAAUUAUUUAAUUCCAUUGGAUAGUUUAAAUACUUUUGAAUCAAAUAUUAAAUAUCAUGCAAUUAGUACAGAAUUUAUACUAAAGAGUAUUGAACAGAAAACAUGUUAUGUAUUUAUAUGUCUUUUAGAUUGUCAGGGUUUAAAACAAAUAUGUGCACCACCCAUGGACUGUUUAAUUGCUAUUGCCUAUGCACCAGAUGAAAACGAUAGUUAUCGUGAUAGAGAUAGUUUAUUUACAAAACAUUUAUUACAAAAUAUAACACAAUCAGAUAAAGAUAUUGAAAAAAUUUUACAAGAUGUAGUAAAAGGUGUAGAAAUUGAAUCUGAUGGACAACAAAUUCUCUAUCGUAAUGGUACACUUCGACACAAAGAUAUUUAUCUUAAUAUACAUUGA